AUCAUUGCUACCCAGAUGUAUAUGUAUCUGAACGCGUACAGGAAAGAUCGUUUAUGGAUGAAGAUCUUCAUUGUUGUCCUCUUUAUCGCAAAUGUAGCAAACACGGUUUUCCUGUGUCAAUUCCUGUAUACAUCUCUUAUCCUCAAUUUCGGCAACGACGCGUAUCUGGCUAGAGCGGACUGGGUUUUCGCUACAGAUCCUGCGCUUACAGGCAUCAUUGCGGGAAUGGUCCAAUUAUUCUUUGCGUGGAGAGUCAAGGUCCUCACCAACAACCUCUGGCUUGUAACAGUUGUAGCAGCGUGCGCCCUGGCUGGGACUGGCGCCGCCAUCGCAACCUCAUUUGAAGUAGGCAGAACUCCCGAGUUCGUAGAAUUUCGAAACUUCAAGGUCGUCGUCAUCAUCUGGCUGGCAGCUGAAUGUCUAUCUGACAUUCUCAUCUCCGGGAUCCUUGUCUGGCAACUGAAAAGACGCAAGACUGGAUUUCAGAGCACCGAUGAACUCGUUGAUCGAAUAAUCCGACUGACUGUUCAAACCGGUCUUAUCACGUCCAUCUGUGCCAUUAUAGAUCUAGCUCUCUUCCUUUCAGACCCCACCGGAACGUGAGUGCCCUUAAUGUCUUCUGCUUCUCUCAAAGAAGGUUUGAAUCUACUCAAAUGGGCACAUUUAUACAGGCACCUUAUCUUCAAUUUUCCUCUGUCCAAGCUCUACACAAAUACGAUGAUGAGCACAUUGAACUCGCGACGUGGAUGGGAUUUCAGUGAUCAGGAAUCUACUUCGCAUACUCACACCACCAGUGGUAUUGUUAGAGAGCGAGGGAAAAAG